UUCAGCUAUUGCUGCCUUCUCAUUUAACUGUAGGCAUGAUUUAAAUGUAAUUGAUUAAAUUAUUAGUGAAUUUGAUAGUUUUGUAAAUAAUUUGUUUAUUACAUGAUAUAAAUUAGUUUGUAAAAAUAAUCCCAGUGUGGUGUUGUGCUGGUGCCGGCCUACAGAGGGAGACACUGAGCUCUCUGUUGUGUGCUGCUUUGUUGCUGAGGAAAAGGAGCAGAGAAAGGAUGCGCCGAGAGCAUUUGUUAAUGAAAAAGCUUUGAUUUUGUACAAUAAACUCGACACUUUCGGAAUAAAUAUAUCUAAAAGGAGCUGGGGCUGGCUUUCCCUACAUGACGCAGGGCCGUGCUUGGAUGACGGGCAUUAAACAGGUGAAGGAUACGGCUGAUUAUACACUGUGCCCUGGCAGUGUUUAACCGUAGCACAUCGACAGAUUUCCUCAAAUCAAGCAUUUCACAGGCAUUGACAAACUUUUCUUAGAUGCUCUUGUCUCUGGUUGUUUGUCUUAGCAAUAUUUUUCGACGUUUCCCAAUGCUCAGUUUGGACAGACUCACUGUCCCGGAGCGGGUCAUCUGGUUUCAGACGCAGAAAAUGAUCUCUGAGCCCAGGUCUGUUUCACCUGGCCUUCAUGCCGAUGUCCAGGCCAUGUUGGACCGCUCACUUCCUGCACUGCGGACUGCUGUGAAAACACUCAAGUCCUCCAAAGACACUGGAGAUGUGCCAAAGACUCGACAAGCGAUUGCCGAAAUUUUCCAGCUUGUCGAGGAGGCGUGGGUUUUGCCAGCAGUUGGCCGGCAAGUGGCAGAGGAAAUCUGCAACAGAAUACGGCUGGAUGGAGGUCUGGAGUCAUUGUUGCAGCUACUGCAAACACCUGUUCAGGACAUCACAUACGAGUCUGCCAAGCUGCUGGAACAGAUUCUGAUCUCGGAGAACAGAGACUAUGUAGCACGCAUGGGUCUUGGUGUGAUCCUGAACCUGACUCUUGAGCAUGAGAACAUGCUGCUUGCAAAGAGCCUUUCAGGCAUCCUGGAGCACAUGUUCAAGCACGCAGAAGAGACGUCGGCUCAGCUUAUUGGAGACGGAGCCAUGGAUGCGUUACUGUUCUGGUGCCGUGGUACAGAUUCCACAGUGCUACGCCAUUGUGCUGUGGCUCUGGCCAACUGCGCCAUGUAUGGUGGGCACCGGUGCCAACGGUUGAUGAUCGAAAAGCAGGCAGCUGAAUGGCUCUUUCCUUUGGCCUUUUCCAAGGAGGAUGAGCUGAUUCGCUUUCAUGCAUGCUUGGCUGUAGCUGUGUUGGCUGAUAACAGGGAGCUGGAGAGCGAGGUGGUAAAGUCAGGCACGCUGGAGCUGGUGGAGCCGUUCAUCGCCUCCCUAGAUCCGGAUGAGUUUGCUCGCAGACUGCAGGACAGUACUGACAGUGUUCAGGGACGCACCGCUGCUGACCUGCAGCAUCUGUUGCCGCUCCUGGAUGGUACACGGCUUGAGGGAAAGUGCAUUGCUGCUUUCUAUCUUUGUGUAGAGAGUGGCAUCAAGUCCCGGCAGCGCAACACCAAGAUAUUUCAGGAGAUUGGUGCUGUUCAGAGCUUAAAGAGGAUUGCCAUGUACUCAAGUAAUGCCACUACACUGUCUCUGGCCAAAAGAGCCCUGAAGAUGAUGGGCGAAGAUGUUCCACGCCGCAUUCUCUCCUCUGUUCCUAAUUGGAAAACGGUGGAGGUACAAACAUGGCUGCAACAGAUUGGCUUUAGUGCCUACAGUGAUCGAUUCCAGGAGCUGCAGGUGGAUGGAGACCUCUUACUUAAUAUCACUGAGGAGAACCUGAUUAAUGAUCUGGGAAUGACUUCUGGUAUCACCCGCAAAAGGUUUAUGCGAGACCUGCGGGUACUGAAGACCUAUGCUAACUACUCCAUGUGUGACCGUAAUAAUCUGGCUGACUGGUUGGCGGAUAUGGACGCACGGUUCCGUCAGUACACCUACAGUAUGGUGCAGUCCGGUGUGGAUCGAAACAACCUCCUCCAGAUAACGGAUGAGCAGCUGCAGCGGGAUUGCCAUAUAGAAAACGGUAUCCACAGGGCUCAGAUCCUCGCUGCUGCCCGCCGGCCCACUAGGCCCUGCUUCACCGAUUCACGCCGCACAGGUCCAGAUGUUUUCAUCAGCUACCGGCGAACCACUGGAUCUCAGCUUGCCAGUCUGCUGAAGGUGCACUUGCAGGUGCGUGGCUUCAGCGUUUUUAUCGAUGUAGAGAAGCUGGAGGCAGGCAAGUUUGAGGAGAAAUUGAUAAGCAGUGUACAGAAAGCGAGAAACUUCAUCCUGGUGCUGUCAGCCAACGCGCUGGACAAAUGCAUGGGUGACACUGGCAUGAAAGACUGGGUUCAUAAGGAGAUCGUCACCGCCCUUAAAGGGAAGAAGAACAUUGUUCCUGUGACUGACAACUUCCAGUGGCCCGAUCCCAACUCUGUUCCUGAGGACAUGCGAUCUGUUCUCAAAUUUAAUGGCAUCAAGUGGUCCCAUGAGUAUCAAGAAGCAUCAAUAGAAAAGAUUCUUCGCUUUCUGAAGGGAGGCCCCAAUCAAGAGCAGCUGGACAGCUCAAAGGCCUGCAUGGAACCAGAGCAGAACGUUCCUCCUUCCACUAAUCAGUGUUGAGCUAACCCACUGAAUAUGUACAUACCUAGUCAGUGACCAACCCAUACUGGUAUCUUCUGAUUGCUAUUAAUGGAUAAUUUUCCUAUCACGCUAUCCGCUGGAUGAAAACGAGUGAUCAACUGUAAUCCUCUGAUCCUUAAUUUGUCAGGUAAAGCUAUCACUGCUUAAUCUCUCAGGAAUACAAGUACAGUGUCUAAUUCCCAACCAUGGAUGUAUAAUCAACCAUUAGGUACUUUUCAUUAUAGCUGACGUUAUACCAGAGUUGGUAGCAAAAUGCAGUAUGUGGCAUGGUUGUUCACAUUCUUAAAAUGUUUCUUGUACUGAAUAUAAGACAAGGGCAUGAUAUAAGGGCAUUGUUCUGAACACCUGACCUGCUAGAUUAAAGUAAUUUAUGUAACCAGAUUGAUGUAACCAGAUUGAAAAACUGCUACUAUAUACCUAGAAUUAGCAUGAAAUUAUUUUACUUAACUGUUUAUUAGACAUUUGAAACCCUGCCCCUUUGCCGGAAUUGGGUGAAUAAAAAAAAAUUACUCGGACCCUGCUACAAUAUUACACACAGUAUUGCAGAUUGGAUAACGUCACCACAACCUGUAUGUUACCUGUUGGCAAAGUCCUAUAUUUGCUGAUGUAAACUUACAUCAUACACCUUUCACACCAAUACAAAAAUCUGUACAACUCUUACAGUGUUCAUAGCUUUACCCUCUUCUGGGCUGCUGCCUUAAUAGUUUAAGAACAUGAUUCAAUAUUAAACAUUGUAUGUGGUAAUGUGUAGAAUACAGCUGAGAGAACAUAGUAAAAUUAUUGUUAACUUUUUGGGGGGGAAUUAAUUGUCAAUAAAAUUUUUCUUUAGAAACAUA